AUGUUUGGCGGGAGCACUGGGACGCCCUUCUCCCAAAGCUUUAAAGCAUACCGAUACCUCUUAGACUUUGAUCCAAGAGUGGCAUCGUGUGCCAACCUGCUGAAGGAGCCUCCUGGCGUUGGUAACGUCACUUUCGAUAGAGCUGGUCCCGAGUUCAUGCAAGACAUCUUCAACAAGCUUCCUCCACCGAUGAAGACUUGCCUUAAGGGCAUCGCAUCCUUUGCCAGAUUACAUCUUAUUUCGUGUGUCGCUGGCUCCGGCCUCGGGAUAUCAGGCGUUGGCCGCUGGAGGCAUAAGAGACGAAAUUACUUAGAGCUGACAGUUGCCCACCAGUUCGAGAAGGCGCAUCUGAUGGAGGCAUUGGUGUGGCCGACACUCUUCGGCGACGGUCUCACGAACCCGCCCAAGCCAACCCCCCAAGAAGAGACGGAGGCCGAAAAUAUCGCACUCGAACUCCGCACAUCCCAGUCCCUUGACGCCAUCUGUACCAACAUCCUCGACUGCAAGUCGGCCGCCAAGCUUGCAAAGAAUGCGAACCGUGACAAGUCUUUGCACCACUUUGACGUCGGCCACAUGGCGCAGAAUCCAAGGCGCUUUGAAUUCAUGAACGAAUCCAUUCGCCGGAAGGCGCGUUCGACUUUGGACGCGGCCAAGCCUCAAGCCUCUAUAAGAGACCGAAGUCGGCAAUCUCGCAGACGAAUUCACUGCGUCUCGGGUCCGAAGAACUGUGCCAACAUCACCAACAAUUAUGCUACCGCUGAGCUUGCGAAGAACGCAAACCGCGACAAGUUUCUUCACCAAUUUGCCAUUGACAGCUUGUUGAACCAUGAAGAACGUCACCCGUGUUUACAAGACUCGGUGGAUCGCAUCAGGAACGGAGAUGUUCUUUCUGAGGAACAGUAUGCCUUAUUCAAACAACAGAUCAAAACUCUGUACCGCGAUACAAUCAGAGAAUUCUCCAGCGUCGUGCCUGACUUUGUCAUCGCUGAUGAGGCAGCAACUCUUGAUGAAGCAUCGCUACUGAUUCUCAUCGCCCAUUUUACGCCUAAGACAUGGCGCGUCGCUGAUAGUGUUUCUUAUGUUUCCAACGGCCAAUUUGAAGAGUGGGACAAUCCUUCGGACGAUGAGCCUCUGGCCUCAGGAUACUUUGGUUGCAGAGGUUGGACAAGAUCCGCAAAAUCAAGCUAG